UUGUACGGAUUACAGUACAGUACAUCGCCCCUCCAGUUGCACUGAAUGGUUGCAGUGACAUUUUCUGCUCCGACCCCGGGCCUCGACCUCCGGACGGCACCGGCCGCCAUGAAGCCUUCCGAGAGCAGCCGCUUCGCGGCGCUGCUCGCGUGGUCGGAGCAACACGGAGCACAGCUGCAUCCGGCUUUGGAGGUCUACCAUGACGACGUAACUAAAUUUUCACUCCGCGUCCGGCCGUCGCUCGAAAAUGGCCUCGAGCCGGGCUUCCGGGCUGUUGCGUGCCCCCUGUCUACCACGCUGUCGUAUCUCAAUGCCCUGGUCGACGGCCCCGUCCGUCUCGCCUCCAGCCCUUCGGGACGUACCCCGGGAACACCGGCCUUUCCUGCCCAAUUCAUGGAGUCGCUACCGCCUCACGUCAUCGGCCGUUUCUUCCUGAUCAAAGAGUACCUCAAGGGCAGGGACUCGUUCUGGGCGCCCUACAUCGCGACCCUGCCGCAGCCCGAGCAUGUCAGCGCCUGGGCCUUGCCGGCAUUCUGGCCGGAAGAGGACAUUGCCUACCUGGCUGGCACCAACGCCCACGUCGCCAUCGCCGAGAUCCAGGCCAACGUCAAGUCGGAGUUCAAGCAGGCGCGGAAGGCCCUCAAGGCGGCCGGCUUCCCGGCCUGGCAGGACUACACGCAGAUGCUGUACAAGUGGGCCUUCUGCAUCUUCACCAGCCGCAGCUUCCGCCCGUCCCUGGUCCUCUCCGAGCCGGCCAAGCAGCAGAUGGCCGAGCUCCUGCCGCCGGGCUGCCAGCUCGACGACUUCUCCAUCUUGCAGCCCCUGUUCGACAUCGCCAACCACUCCAUGACCGCCCGCUACGCCUGGGACGUCGCCUCGGACCCGGCCAGCUGCCAGCUCGUCUGCCACGACGCCUACCAGCCCGGCGAGCAGGUCUACAACAACUACGGCCUCAAGACCAACAGCGAGCUGCUCCUCGCCUACGGCUUCAUCCUCCCGCCCACCCCGGCCCUGCACAACGACUACGUCCACCUGCGCAAGCGCGACCAGCCGGAGGAGGACGGCGACCCCUCCACGCCCGGCGACUUCCUCAUCUCCCUCCGCCCCGUCACGGACCCCAGCUCGCUGGCCGUCCACCCGCGCCUCGCCUCGCACAGCGCCGCCGCCCGGGCGCCAGCCAAAGCCACCACCGCGAUCUCCGCGCUGCCGCCCUUCGCGCACUGCGAGCCCGCGCUGGUCGACGACCUCGCCGCCGCGCUGGCCGCUGCGUCGGGGGAGAAUCUGGCGCUGGAGCGGGAGGCGGCAGAAGAGGGACUGGUUGCGCGCGUGAAGGAGAUGCUGGCGGGCAAGCUGUGGUUUGACUAUCACCGGCUGAAGGCGGUGGAGGAGGGCGGGGAUGGCGGUGAGUAUGGGGAUGGGGAUGGGGAUGGGGAUGGGGAAGCGCUGCCGCCGCCGGGGAAUCGGAAUCAGCGCCUGGCGGUCGAGUACCGGCAGCGGUGUAAGAGCGUGUUGCAUGCCGCGCUGGAGGCAUUGAUGGGGGAGGGUGAGAGAUAGGGAGGUCAGUGGGCCGGGCCAGCGCGUAUGCUUGGGAUGCAGACAGCAGAAGCUGGGCUGGGUUUUUGGGGUUGCAAACCCACUU